AUGGAAGGAUUAAAAAGGAUUGCUAUCUCUCAAAUGCGCUCUUCUACAAACAUAUCUCAAAACGCUGAAACCAUAAGAUCACAUAUACAAUAUGCUAACUCCCCCCCCCUCCGUGAGUGAACAAAAAAAUUUUGUUCACUCACGGAGGGGGGUUAAUUUUUUUUUAAAAAAAAUUUAUUUUUCGAAAUUUAAAAAAAUCCUAAUUCGCAAAAAUUGGAAAGCAAAUAUUAAUUCAAUUUGCAAAAUUUAUGUUUUAAAAAGCAAUUUGUUUAAAAUUAAACAGAAUUAGCUCUAUAUUUCAUUAUAAUAAUUAUCAUUUAUAUAUUAAAACUUUUUUCCAUAAAAAAUUUUUCUAUUAAAAAAAAAUUUUUUGUUCACUCACGGAGGGUGGGUUUUUGGGCAAAAAAUAGCGAUUUUUCUAAUGGUUUUGUUCACUCACGGAGGGGGGGGAGUAAGGAAAACGGAGCUCUCAUGGCUUUUUUCCCUGAAAAUUUCAAUUUUUUAGGCCGAUUAGGUAGCUCAGUUCAGCAUGCACAACCUCUAAAUGGCCCUUAUAUGGAAUAUUAUAAGCAGCUAGCCAGAGAAUUUUCUAUAUGGCUAUCACUAGGAGGAUUUCAAGAAAGUGUCCCAGAAACUGCAGAAAAAGUAUUUAAUUCGCAUAUCAUUAUAAAUGAUUCAGGCGAAAUCAUAGCAAAUUAUCAUAAACUGCAUUUAUUUGACGUUCACGUUAAUGAAACCCCACUUCUUGAAAGCAUCGCAGUUAAAGCAGGCUCAGAAAUUCAUCCUCCAGUAGAUUCUCCAGCAGGAAAACUAGGGUUAACUAUUUGCUAUGAUUUAAGAUUUCCUGAACUCUAUAGAAAUUUAGCCUUGCAAGGAGCCCAAGUUUUACUAGUACCAGCAGCCUUUUUGGAAGUCACUGGAAGAGCACAUUGGGAAGUUUUAUUAAGAGCAAGAGCUAUUGAAAAUGGCUGCUUUGUCAUUGCAAGUGCUCAAGAAGGCCAUCACGACUGCGGAAGAGAUUCUUAUGGGCAUUCAUUAGCAAUUGAUCCUUGGGGGACUAUUAUUGCAGAUGGUGAAUUAGGAGAAAAGGUUUUAUUGGUCGACAUUGAUUUGUCACUGAUAGAAAAAACCCGGAGAAAACUUCCUACAUUAAGCCAUGUAAGAUCAGAUGUUUAUUAUCAAAGAAAUAAAUAA